UUGAUGACCAGAAGAUACUUUGUAUAAGUAGAAUACAUAAUCAUCCGCUGAAUUUCACAAAAGUAUACACAAAUCUCUUAUAAUUAUUUGCCCCUUCUUAAAAUUCAUAAAAAACCUCGCUCUGUACAUGCGGGGCGAAUUGCGCAUGAGAAGACAAGCGAUAUUUCUGUGUCUUCACCCACCGCUCAUCAUUUCACUGUCUCUUUCCAUUCGUCAUUGAAACAUAACCGCUCUAUCAUUUGUCCAACAUCGGCGUAUUGGUCAACAAAAACAUGGAGGCGGCCCAAGAGGCCCUGGCACCCUUCAUAAAAUCACGAGAUGAAGCCGCACACAUUCGCAAAGUACUAGGGGCGCAUCUCAACGCUAGCCUUGAUGGUGCAGCCAGCGAGCGGGUUCCACUAGCGCUCGUCGACCUGCCCGCCGCCGUCAAAAUACCCCCUGAAAGCCGUGGCCUCCAGAGGGAAUAUCUGGAAGCACUCAACGCCAACUUAAAGGCGAGACAGGAAUUGGAGGCUCUCAAAGCUAGACAUGACAGCAAGUCCACAGUUGCCUCGGCCCCUGCCCCCGACGGGGUAGCGGUCAGCUUUCUCGCGGACCAUCUCGCCGCUCUUGAACUGCAGAGGAAACGGCAACGUCUAGAAGCUGUCACCAAACGCCUUGCUCAACUGGAUCAGAUGCCGGCAGCAUCAUCCGAGUUUUUGGAUCCUGAGAUUAUAUUUGAGGGUUCACCGGCCCUGCCAGACGUUCCCAGCGAGGCUGUAACCAAUUUUGUUCUAGACAAGACUCUUUCCAAGUCGAGCCUUGACGAGCUUCUAGACAGAUUGCAAAAAUCUGUCCUGCGUGCUAAGCUUCUCCUCAAAAAAGAGGAACAGCUCUUGGACGUGCUCAAGAAAAGAAGGGCAGCCAAGUCGUCGGGCGAUGCCCCGAUAACCGACAACGCAAAAUUGGCUGCAUUGACUCUUACGCGUAACGAGCUGAUUGCAUGGAUAGAAGCAGAACUCGCCCACACUUCAGGUACUGAAGGCGAUAUCCCCGCGCAGUCGCAAAAUUCUGCACAACAGGUGGCCGAGAACCGACGGCGCGUUGAGGAGCAGGUCUCGACUAUCAAAGAAAAAUACCGCGAAUAUGUCACGGCGCGCAAGUCGUUGUUGAAGGCCGCUUCAUCAACCCGUCAACCAGUGAUGGAGCCGCCCAAGUCGGCCGCCUCAAAUACUGAUUCAGUAAUGAAACUUGGUCCACCACGGCAGGCUUCAGCGACAAGUCUACUCACACCGUAUCUCGAGAAUCUCCUCGCUGUCUCUCACGAGCAAAAGGGGCUUAUAUUACAGAAGUCUCAUCUAAACACAAUCUUGGCAAAACAGACAAAGGAGACGUGUCAGAUCCUCGACCACUUGGCCGAGGAGAGUCAACUUUUGCCCAAGUACCCCAUGACAGGCCAAGCUCGCCGCCAACAAGGUCUAAUGGGCGACGGUGCUCUUUCGGGCUUCGAAAAACCCAACGUCUCUAGUCGUGCCAAGACCUGGAUCUUUGCGGCCGAGGCGGCCAAACUCGCAACGCUCGAGACGGUCGUAGAAAAGACGGAAGAAGGCGAGAUGGCGCUGGGUGCCUCGAUGCAAUACUUGGAUGAGGUUGACAGACUUUUGGGACGCCAGCCACCUGCGGAUACGAAUGAGGAGACAGGUGGAGAUUCGGACAUUUGGCUUCAGCAGGGGCAAACGAGCCCACAGCAAGUUAGGACAAGAGAUCAACAACAGACGGAUCUAUGGUCAAUACUUGACGGCGACCUCGGUCUUAUUGGGGACGAGGCUGCUGGUUAAGUCAAGUCAUCACUUAGGAUCAUUCGGAACAAUUGCAACAAUAAGCAAAAUUUAUUUCUUGUGCCAUACCGUCAAACGCCACACGCCAGAUGCCAGUGUCAAAGAUUAGAUGGCUUAAAAAUAUCAUGCACAAACGACCAAGCUGCUCAUUGUUUCCUUCCAGACAUGAUGACUGAUAUCCUCAAGCACAAAUCUAGUAUGGAGAGAUGCUCAUCGGAACCAUCAACCAAACGCUUGUCGACUUCUGAGAAAACCAUGACGAUCUCGUUCUUUUGGAUGUUUGGAAUUCCCUCGUCGUACACAAUAGCUUGGUAGAGCUAGAUGAUAUCAGAGUUAAACUGUCAGAUCCAUGAAAUGAACGGAUACGGGGAAUGAGGGGUUCGUCUUACCUGGCCAACAACUUGCGUGGCGCUCCAGCCAUCCGCCACCAUAUCCUCUACAACCUUAGAGACAGCCUGGUAGGUCAAAGCGGCACCUCGUGGGCGAAUGGCCUCGACCAGCGCAUCAAUGGUCUUGCCGGGGAUGACGCCGGCAAUGUCCUCGAUGAUUCUCACCGUCACUGGCCUCGAGUCGACGUCCAUCUUGUCCUCUUGACCUGCCCCGGCAGCACCCACAGCACCAACCAGCCUGGCUGCACUCUGCAGGAAAGUGAUCGCCUUUCUCAAAUCACCCUCGCUACAUUUUAUCAGCGCAUCAACAGCCCCAUCUUCCAAAGCAACCCCUUCCUUGGCAGCAAUAUCCUCCAGCCUACUCCUAGCAUUCUCCUGGUCCAGGCUCUUGAAGCGAAAUUUGCUGCACCUGGAUGCCAGGGGAUCGAUGAUGCGAGUGACGUAGUUGCAGAUCAGACAGAACCGCGUGAUCUUGCUGUAAGUCUCCAUGGUCCUUCGCAGAGCGCUCUGCGCGUCCUGGGUCAUGGAGUCGGCCUCGUCGAGGAUGAUAAUCUUGAAGGGCGGGCAUGGGUACUUCGACUUGUAGCCGGGCGGGGGGUUGGUGAGCUGCAUGCGGGCAAAGUCUUUGACCUUUUCUCGCACGAUGGAGAUGCCACGUUCGUCCGAGGCGUUGAGCUCCAGCACGCGCGACUUCAUGAGUUCCGGGCCGAAAAGCUCCUUGGCCAGCGCGAGGACGGUCGAGGUCUUACCCGUGCCGGGAGGGCCGUAGAAGAGCAUGUGUGGGAGCUGUUGGCCGUGCCGCAAGGGUCAGUGUACUUGUUUCGUUUCCGACGAUUGCACGUGAGGGGUUAUGUACGGACGUUAGAUGCCUGUAGGGUGCGCUGAAGCACCGUUACGGUGUGGUCUUGGGCUGUGACAUCGCUCAGUGUUUUCGGACGGCUGAAGACAGAUUCGUAAAUUGUUAGCUUGACAAAUAAACCUGGAGGUUCCAUUCACAG